GUAAAUUGUUUUUGUUUUUAUUAUGGAUGAAAUUGUCGCAUUGUGUCGUAUCGUGGCAACAAGUAGGGAUUCAGCAUAUUAUGAUAAACGCGAAAUGACUGAAAUAAUGAACAGACGCUCCGAGUUAUUGAUUGUGUAUAGAUAGCAUAUUAAUUUUAAAAGAAAAAAAUGUAUUUUUAAUGUGAUAAAAUUAUGGUGUGAAGAUUAGAAAAUGUCAGAUAGCGAGGAGAGUGAUGGGGAGGGCGGUUUGGGUAACCUGAACCGACUGAUCAUCCGUCCGCCCGGACACAGCGGAAAAGCAAAGCGCGGUCACCUCUGCUUCGACGCGGCCUUCGAGUGUGGCAACCUGGGGCGAGCGGACCAUAUCACAGAACUGGAGUAUGACCUCUUUAUACGACCUGAUACGUGCAGACCGCGGUCGAGGUUUUGGUUCAAUUUCACCGUUGAAAACGUUAGACAAGAUCAGCGUGUUAUUUUUAACUUCGUGAAUUUAGGAAAAGAGCACAACCUAUUUAAUGAAGACAUGACUCCAUUAGUUCGUUCAACUUCUCGGCCUAAAUGGCAACGGAUCCCUCGACGACUUAUCUUCUACCACCGCUCCUUGGUGCACCGCGGCCGAAAGAUUCUCAGCAUAGCUUUUGGAUUUGAUAAGGAAGAAGACAUUUACCAAUUUUCAGCAGCGGCGCCAUAUUCAUAUUCAAGACUACAAAAAUAUCUUGCACAGUGGGAAAAGCGAGCAUUGCCGUUCGCUACGAGAGAGAGUAUAGCGCAAACUACCCAAAAACGUCGAAUUGAUUUAAUAACCUUUGGAGAUCUAGUGCCAAAAGAAUGGGAAUGUAAAGAUGAGCCCAACACAAAAGGAAAAAUCGGUGGAAAUAAAAAGCGGGUGGUCCUGAUUAUGGCGAGAGUGCACGGUGGUGAACAGCCAUCUUCGUUUAUUUGCCAAGGUUUUCUGGACUAUAUGAUAAGUUCUUCAGAAAAGGCAUCAGCUUUAAGAAAUGGAAUCGUUCUUCAGGUAGUGCCAAUGCUGAAUCCCGAUGGAGUGUUUCUAGGUAACCAGCGAUCUGAUUUGCUCGGUGCAGAUUUGAACCGCUGUUGGAACAGAGCCACAACCUUUGCACAUCCCGCUCUCAUUGCUGUCAAUGAACUCAUACAGAAGAUCACUGCUGAAAAAUCAUUGCAGCUGGAUUUUAUCAUCGACAUUCACUCUGAUGUUAGCCACGAGGGUGUAUUUGUUCGAGGCAACUCCUACGAUGAUGUUUACAGGUUUGAACGACACGCGGUGUUACCAAAGUUCAUGGGAAUGCGCGUGGAGGCUUGGAUGCAGGAUUCAUGCAUGUACAACGCGGAUUCGAAUUCGAUGGGCAGCGUCCGCCGAUCCUUCGCCACUGGGACCAUUGACGCUUACUCCUUGCUGGCUUCCUUCGGCGGGCGGCGGUUGACUCCGAGAGGACCGUACAUGCAUUACAAUGAAGAUGCCUAUGCUAAGAUAGGAAGAGCCUUAGCGAAGGCGCUGUGUGACUACUACCGGCACAUCGCUGUAAUCCCACCCCGCGAAGGAAUUUCCAGCAAGAAAAAGGAGUCGCGCAGAAAACGGAGGCGAAAGCCGGUGUAUGAAAGAGAAAGAUCCCCCAGUUCAUCACCGGAAAGAAGAGUGUUGGCAGCUCGUAUGCUCUCGCCGCGCCUGCCCGAGGCGUCGCCGCCCGCGCUGCGCUCAUUCCCCUCGCGGACCAUGAGGAACCUGACGCAGAAGCCGCGCCCACGAACUGUUUACGUGGGCGAUACUGUGUUGCCCAUCAUAACAGGUAAAGCCGUUCGUACGCCUCGGCUGGCAGUCGUCGACCUGAGCGCGUACAUUCGAACGCCCGCGAGAUUCCCCGCGCACUGCGCUCGCCAACCACGCCUCCGCACGUCCCGGCCGCAGCGCCGGUCACAAGCUCGCUUCACCAGCGACGAAUAUGACACACACGAUUCCGACUCAUAAAUUAUUAUAUUCGGCGAUUUCGACUGACACACGAAAUACUAACGUAUUAAGAGCUUCCAUUUUUCAUAGCUUUUUUAAUAUUAACAUCUCAAUCUGAAUAUUUUACAAUGCAAAAUUUAUCUCAUGCACCAAAUUUUUCCU